AUGUUGUUGGUUGGCUUGGCUGGUUGUGUUGUUGCCUUGUUGCCUGGUUGGCUGGCUGGUUGUGAGCCUUCUUGUGAGCCUGCUUACAUCAUAAUUAUGCAGGCAGACUGGGAUACUUCCAAAGUCCGAGAGAAAUCGGUAAAGUGUUAUAUGCAUCAAUUACUGUCUAGACUACAGCACUGUCAUGAGAGGGGAGUCUUACAUCGAGACAUUAAGGGGUCUAAUCUAUUGAUAGAUAGACAUGGAAUGUUGAAAAUAGGCGAUUUUGGCCUCGCCAAUUAUUUUGAUCCUGAUAAAAAGCGGCCUCUAACAAGUAGAGUUGUGACCCUCUGGUACAGGGCACCUGAACUUUUACUAGGUACCACAGAUUAUGGAAUUGGAAUUGAUCUUUGGAGUGCAGGGUGCCUCUUGGCUGAAAUGUUUAUUGGGCGACCAAUUAUGCCUGGCAGGACUGAGGUCGAACAACUACAUAGAAUAUUUAAGCAGUGUGGAUCCUCGCCAGAGGACUACUGGAGAAAAUUGAAGCUAUCGACAAACGUUCGGCCUCCACAUCUUUACAAACCAAGCAUUUUUUGA